GAUGGCUAAACCCAUACCCAGUCUCCAUUUCCUUUCCUUUCAUACACACAUCGCGUAACUAAGUCGUCAACUCAAACCCACCGUCGUCACCACCACCACCUCCGCCGUCAAUCAUCACUCACGAUUGACCGACGAUCCAAUCCAUCAUAUUUCACGAUCUAAAACACGAUCUACAAAUGGAAAACAUAUUUUCAAAUCUCCCACAAGACAUAAUCCACCAGAUCUUCACCCGUCUUCCCCUCCGUCAAGUCCUCAUCUGCCGUUCCGUCGCUAGAAACCUCCACACUCUCUUAUCUUCCAAUUCCUUCACCACCCUUUUCUCCGCCACCUCACCUUUCCCUUUACUCGCCCUCCGCCCUCCCCACCGCCACAAUUCACUCUUUCCUUCCCCUUCCCUCCAUCUCUUCGAUCCCUCUUCUGAUAACAAUAAUAUUUGGCUUCAUUUUUCAUUGUCUUUCCUUCCUUUUCCUUCUCCUCAUCCUAUAGCUUCUUCUAAUGGUAUUUUAUAUUUAUGGGCUGAUUCCCCUUUUUCAGAUUGUAAUAAAGUGUUAAUUGCUUGUAACCCGUUAACCCGAAUACAUAAAGUUUUGCCCCAGCUGGGUUCGGCUUGGUCGCGACACGGGUCUGUUUUGGUUGAUUCGGGUUGUAAUAGGGUCAUUGUGUUGAAUGAGUUAGCUGCACUUUGUUAUUCGGGUGGGACGGAUUCUUGGCUAAAGUUUUCGUCGAAUUUGCCUAGUAAACCUAGGAGUCCAAUUAUUAUAGGUGAUUCGGUUCUUGCAUUGUGUGAUGUUGGGACGCCGUGGCGAAGUCAAUGGAAACUGUUUAUAUGUGGUUUGAAUAAUUUAAAGAGUUCUCAACAAUGGGUGACUCUUGAGAAGCCAGAAUGGAGGGAUGUUUUCGAUAUAUUGAAACGGCCGAGGUUAUUGAAGGGUUUAGGGAAUGUGGUUUUAAUGAUUGGUGGGUUGAAAUCGUCAUUUUCACUUAACGCUUCAUGCUCCACGAUUUUGAUAUUGAAGUUGGAUUUGUCUAGUUUUGAAUGGGGUGAAGCCGGUAGAAUGCCUCUUGAGAUGUUCAAGUGUUUUCAAGAAUCGAGUAAAUUUAAGGUGUUUGGUGGUGGGAGUAGGGUUUGUUUCUCGGCUAAGAGGAUCGGGAGAUUGGCGUUGUGGGAAUCGAAUGAAAUUAGUGGGAAUGGUAAGGAAGAAUGGAAAUGGAUUGAUGGUGUUCCGGGCAAUGGAGAUGGGUUGUAUCGUGGGUUCUUGUUUGAUGCGAGGCUUGAUUCAUCGCCUUGAAGGUCUGUUUUUGUUUUAUGUUUUUUGGUUUAUUUCAAAGGUUUGAGGUUAUUGACUUGUUGAAUAAUACUACUCCUUAUAUCAUUUGUGUUUGCAGUUGUAUUAGCGUCAAUAGCGAUGCCAAUUUGCUUUGUUUGUAUUACAUUUUGUUCCUUUUUGAUGCAUAAAUAGAUCUAAUUUGGACUU